AUGUCGAUACCAGAGUUUAGAGCUUUUAUGCAAGCUCUCGUCGCCAUAUUAACUCGUUUUCAACCUCCUUCGCCUCCCCCUGCUCCUCCAGUACCAACGAUGUUGAUCCCAAAGGAGCUGAAGAGUUUAAGAGCUCCUGAAUCUUGUGGAGAAAAGGAGGAAGACCCUAUGAAGGCUGAUUUAUGGCUGAAUGAUGUCCACUUUGCAGUGUUUUGGGGAAUGGUCUGGAGCGAUACUCUGAAAGUCAAUGUCUAUUCCACCAAUCUCAUCUCUGAUCCCACCACCACUCUUCGUUUGAUCUGGGCUAUUGAAUUCCCGGUUGUUAUCCUUCUUUUCAGUUGUUGUAGACAGAAACCGGAGAAUUGCUCGUAUUUGAAAGCUAUUUCCCAAGGUCUUUUGGGACUUCCUGUUGGGGCUCUUUUAAAUGCGCUUGGAGCGUUAGCUUUGGGGGCACCAGUCGGAUUGCAGUACUUUGAAAGGACCAUUAGCUGGUCUCUUCUGAUGUCUUCAUUGACUGUAAGUUUCCAAAUUUCAAUUCCCUUGCCUGUUUAUCAUUAUCAUACAUCUUUGAAUGCUUAA